AUGCCAUUAUCUUCUUUAAGUAAUUUUCUUUCAAUAAAAAUGACAAAUGAAAAUGUAAAUUCGACAAAUAAAUCGAUUCCUAAUAAUUUAUUUUAUAUUCCAAAACGUGUUAUUGUUGCAUUAUUAACAUCACUUGGUUUACUUAUAGUAACUGUUAUUCAAACCAAUUUUGCAAUAACAAAUUCAUUAAUUCUUAAUCCAAAUGAUUCAAAAGAUAUUCUUCUUGAUGAUAAUCAAUUACCAAAUACACCACCAAAAGUAACUUGGACAUCAGUUGA